AUGCGUCUCGGUAAGGCAGCGGAGAACGCUCUCCCACUGCUCAACCAGCUUGCUGCAUCAGCAGUUUCCUGGUCGACCGGCAGACUUGAUGUGUUUGGUCUUGGAACAAACAAUGGCUUAUAUCAUAAAUGGUGGAAUGGUAGCUGGGGGCCAUCUACCACUGGUUGGGAAUAUCUAGGCGGAGUUUUCUCUGCGGAGCCAACUUCCGUCUCGUGGGGACCAAACCGAAUUGAUGUGUUCGGAAUUGGAACUGACAACCAAAUGUACCAUAAAUACUGGAAUGGACAAGCUUGGGGCCCUUCCCAGACUGGAUACGAAGCCCUUGGUGGGGUGUUCAGCAGCGAACCAACUGCCAUCUCUUGGGCAGAGAACCGUCUUGACAUCUUUGGACUCGGAACUGACAACGCUUGCUACCAUAAAUGGUGGAACGGACAGGCUUGGGGCCCGUCUCAGACCGGCUGGGAGAACCUCGGCGGUGUGUUUGUUAGCCAGCCUGCAGCUGUUUCUUGGGGCGCUAACCGAAUCGACCUUUUUGGAAUUGGAACUGACAACCAAAUGUAUCAUAAGUGGUGGGACGGUUCCAGAUGGGGGCCUUCUGCUACCGGUUGGGAGGCACUCGGGGGCGUAUUCAAUAGCUUCCCUGUCGCCGUCUCCUGGUCUGAAAAUCGUCUUGAUAUCUUCGGAAUCGGCACAAACAAUGCACUCUUUCACAAGUGGUGGAAUGGACAGGCUUGGGGGCCAUCUCAAACUGGUUGGGAAAGCCUUGGCGGUGUUCUAACCAGCCCUCCUUCUGCCGUUGCUUGGGGCCCGAACCGAUUAGACAUCUUCGGUACUGGUACUGAUAACCAAAUGUAUCACAAAUGGUGGGACGGUUCACGUUGGGGUGGAUGGGAAGCUCUCGGCGGAGUCUUCACCAGUGCUCCCACUACAGUUUCAUGGGCAAACAACCGUCUCGAUAUCUUUGGCCUCGGAACCAAUAACGCCAUGUACCACAGGUAUUGGAAUGGACAAUGGGGCGCUAACUGGGAGAACCUUGGAGGUGUUUUCAACCAUUAG